AUGACCGAUCCAAUGAAUACUAGUGUGGAAUAUCCAUCAUUUGAUCUUCAAUCAAUUCAUGUUUCAUUUGAGGAACAACGAUGGUUAUUAUCACAACGUUAUGUAUAUAAAUUAGAUAAUUUAAUACAAUCAAUUGUUAAUCUUCACAAAGCAAUUCAGAAAUAUGAACAAUUUUCCAUAAUCCCGUCAUCAUUAUCAUCUUCAUCUAUGAUAGCCGAAGUACGCUUGGAUGACGAAUAUCCUCUAUAUUAUUCAUCUGUUGUAAAUGGUUGUACAAAUAAUCAAAUUGAUCAAUAUCGUCUUCAUAAUCAACAAUUGUUUCAAUUAACAUUCAAAGAUUUAUGUACUAAUUUAAAUUAUCGUAUAUUCAUUAUUAUACUCGAAGGGUUUAUUUUCUAUUCGUCUCAAACAGCGAAACAAUAUAAAUCAAUAUUAACACAUGAGAUGCAUAAAUGUUUAUCAUCAUUUAAUACAUUUAUACAAACACGUUCAUCAAAAAUGAUAAAUUCUCUAUCAUUAUUAACAAAAUUAUCAAUUUCAUCUUAUACAAUUGUUCAUACAAAUAAUGAAAAUAAUGUCGGUAUACUUUUUCAACUUUUACCUAAAAUUCAAUAUUUUUUAACUCCAACAACAGCAUAUAAUUCAAUACUAACUGUUGAUCAAUAUGCUAAGCAUAAUAUUUCACCUGAAGAACUUCGUUUUAUUGAUUAUUCUAUGAAUAUGAAGAAUACAUCUCAUAUGAAAUCUGUUGUACAACAAGCACCAACUAAUACUUCUUCGACUGUCGGAUUUAAGUUAAAUGGAUCAAUAGGAGGAAGAAAUGGAUCAUUGCUACCAUUUCCACUUCCUUUUCAAGUUUAUCAUUCAUUACCAAUUGUCUAUCCAUAUGAUAGUAAUAUGGUUUAUAGUCAAAAAUAUCCGACAUUUUGGACAGGUGAUGAUCAUAUAAAUGAAAAUAGUGAGGCUUUAUUUCAAGCAAUUACACUUGACACAAAUUCACCAGAAUUUUCAUUUGUUCAACGAUUAUUUAAUAAAACAGUUUCUGAAAAAGAUAUUCAAAUUGCAUUUAUUGAACGUAUACAAAAUUCUCAUUUGUGGGAAAAAUUUUGUUCACAUCGUUCAUAUAUGCGACGAAAAAAUGGACCUAAAAAUCUUAAUGAAAAUUGGUUCUUUCAUGGAACAAAGUCUGAUAAUCAUCAUCAUAUCAUGUCACAUGGUUUUAAUCGUUCAUAUUGUCGUGAUUAUGUUUAUUAUGGUCGUGGUGUUUAUUUUAGUCGUUAUGCAUGUUAUUCGUGUCAUUAUAGCGACCGUCAAGAUUUAUCUUUUCUUUUUUUAUGUCGUGUACUUGUUGGUCAUCAUACACCUGGUAGUAAUGAUAUUCGUGUACCACCGACAAUUGUUUUACCAGAUGCAAAACGCGUUCAAGCAGAUUCAACAACUGAUGAGACAAUUCCAUAUACAAUUGUUUGUACAUUUCAUGAUGAUCAAAAUUAUCCAGAAUAUAUUAUAACGUAUAUGAAUAAAGUGAAUUAA